UGUCAAUUGUCAGUGUCAACUGUCAGUUUAAACUAAAAAUUUGUGACUGUUAUUGAUUUAUUUAAAAAUUAAAAUUGUUAUAUUAUAUUUUGAAUGUUAUAUAGUCCAAACUCAAACUACAACAAGUAACAGAAAAUUGGCGGGAAUCUUGACAUACGAAGACCGAAAUCUAAAAAGUUUUUAGCAUGGAUAAGAAAAAACAAUACAAAGGUCCGCCUCCAAAGCGAUUUAAAUCAAAUGAUGACGACGAGGAAAACGAAAUGCCAUGUAGUUUUGAAGAUCAACUCGCAGGAAUGGAAGGUGAAUUUGAUUCACCUCAAAUAUUCGGUGAUGGACCUGAAAAUCAGACUACUAAUGUGAAGUGGUCUAGACCAUCUCCCCCUGAUUUCAACCCUGUAAAAGAUGCCCUUAUUUUUCAACAACUAGAUAUUGAUCACUACAAUGGACAACCAAUACAAGGAAUGCCUGGAUCCCAGUUAGGUCCCAUCCCAAUUAUGAGAAUGUACGGAGUUACAAUGGAAGGUAAUUCAGUUUGUUGUCACGUUCAUGGGUUUACACCCUAUUUCUAUGUAAGUGUACCUACAAAUUUCGUUGAAUCUACAUGUCAUGUACUCAAAUCCAAUUUAAACAAAGCUGUUCUGGAGGAUCUUCGAUCUAAUAAGGAUAGCAUCAAAGAAGCAGUUUUAGAAGUACGAUUAGUGAAAGCUAAGUCAAUAAUGUAUUAUAAAGGGGAAAAUAUUAGCACUUUUGCAAGAGUAUCAGUUGCAUUACCAAAAUUAAUAGCAGCUUCAAAGAGACUCAUUGAAAGACAGCCAACUACUUUUGGAUUGUCUGAUCCAUCUUUUUAUGAGACCAACAUUGAUUUUGAUAUUCGUUUCAUGGUUGAUACUUCUGUUGUUGGCUGCAGUUGGAUAGAAUUGCCAGUUGGUAAAUGGUCAAUGAGAACUAAAUUUACGCAAUUAAAACCAGAAACCAGAUGCCAAAUUGAAGUUGAUGUGGCUUGGAAUGUAUUCAUUGCACAUCAACCUGAAGGAGAAUGGCUUAAAGUUGCACCUUUUAGAAUAUUGAGUUUUGAUAUUGAAUGUGCUGGAAGAAAAGGAGUUUUCCCAGAACCAGAUAAAGAUCCUGUUAUUCAAAUUGCCUCAAUGGUAAUUAGACAGGGCGACAGUGAACCAUAUCUUAGAAAUGUAUUUACAUUGAAUACAUGUGCUCCAAUAGUAGGCUCCCAAGUUCUGAGCUUCCAAUCUGAAUCAGAAAUGUUAAGCAAAUGGUCAGACUUCUUCCGUGAGUUGGAUCCUGACAUAAUCACAGGAUAUAAUAUUACUAAUUUUGACUGGCCUUAUCUUAUAAACCGUGCUAAGCAUUUGAAAGUAGCAAAUUUUGAUUUCUUAGGUAGAAUCAGAAAUAUCAGAUCUGUAAUUAAAGAUUCAAUUUUACAAUCAAAACAAAUGGGACGUAGAGAAAAUAAAAGUGUGAACUUUGAAGGUAGAGUCCCAUUUGAUUUGUUACUUGUUCUUGUCAGAGACUAUAAACUGAGAUCAUAUACUUUAAAUGCUGUAAGUUUCCAUUUUCUGCAUGAGCAAAAAGAAGAUGUUCAUCACAGUGUAAUAACAGAUUUACAAAAUGAAAAUGAACAAACCAGAAGAAGGUUAGCAAUGUACUGCCUUAAAGAUGCUUAUUUGCCACUUAAACUGUUGAAUAAAUUAAUGUGUAUUAUUAAUUACAUGGAGAUGGCUAGAGUGACAGGAGUGCCAUUACUGUGCUUGUUAACAAGAGGCCAGCAGAUCAAAGUGGUUAGUCAAUUGUUAAGGAAAGCAAAGGAAGCCAGUUAUCUAAUGCCUGUUCAUCAAGGCCAGGGUUCAGAUGAUCAAUUUGAAGGAGCAACUGUUAUUGAACCAAAGAAAGGUUAUUAUUCUGAUCCUAUAUCUACUCUAGAUUUUGCAUCUCUAUACCCUAGCAUCAUGAUGGCACAUAAUCUGUGCUACACAACAUUAGUUCCACCUACUUCACAAAAAGAAUUAAAUGUAAGCUCUGAUGAUAUAACUGUAACACCUUCUAAUAAUAUGUUUGUUAAAGCUAAUGUUCGAAAAGGAUUGCUACCAGAAAUUUUGGAAUCCCUACUUGCAGCCAGAAAGAAAGCAAAAGCAGACCUCAAAGAAGAGAAAGACCCUCUAAAACGCUCAGUACUUGAUGGAAGGCAAUUGGCUUUAAAAAUAAGUGCAAAUUCAGUUUAUGGGUUUACUGGUGCCCAAGUAGGAAAACUGCCUUGUUUAGAAAUAUCAGGUAGUGUUACAGCUUAUGGAAGAACUAUGAUAGAGUUCACAAAAGCAGAAGUAGAAAAAAAAUAUACCAAGUCAAAUGGCUACAAAGAAGAUGCUGUUGUUAUUUAUGGAGAUACUGAUUCUGUAAUGGUUAAGUUUGGUGUUAAAACACUUGAGGAAAGUAUGGAUCUAGGAAGAGAAGCAGCUGCUUUUGUUACAUCAAAGUUUGUAAAACCUAUCAAAUUAGAGUUUGAAAAAGUGUAUUAUCCAUAUUUGUUAAUUAAUAAGAAAAGAUAUGCAGGUCUUUAUUUUACAAGACCAGAAAAAUAUGAUAAAAUGGACUGUAAGGGCAUUGAAACUGUAAGAAGAGAUAACUCUCCUCUAGUUUCAAACAUGAUGAGUACAUGUCUACAAAAGUUAUUAAUUGAUAGAGAUCCUGAUGGAGCUGUCAAUUAUGCAAAACAAAUCAUAUCUGACCUUCUGUGCAACAGGAUUGAUAUAUCUCAACUUGUAAUAACAAAAGAGCUAACUAAAAAUGAUUAUGCAGCAAAGCAAGCUCAUGUGGAGCUAGCGGCUAAGAUGAAGAAACGUGAUGCAGGCACUGCUCCUAAAUUAGGUGAUAGAGUGCCUUAUAUUAUAUGCUGUGCAGCUAAAAACACUCCAGCAUACAUGAAAGCCGAAGAUCCUAUUUAUGUUCUGGAGAACAGUAUACCUAUUGAUUUCAAUUAUUAUUUAGAAAAUCAGUUAUCUAAACCACUCCUCAGAAUUUUCGAACCAAUUCUUGGAGAGAAAGCAGAGUCUUUGCUUCUUAAAGGUGAACAUACAAGAACAAAGGCUAUGGUAACAUCAAAAGUGGGUGCUUUAGCAGCCUUCACCAAAAAGAAAGAGAAAUGUAUUGGAUGCAAAACAGUUAUGCCUAAUGAUGCCAAAAAAGCAUUAUGUAAUCAUUGCUUAGAUAAGGAAGGGCAAUUAUAUAUCACUGAAGUAUUUAAGGUGCGACAACUGCAAGAAAAGUUCUCAAAAUUAUGGACAGAAUGUCAAAGAUGUCAAGGAAGUCUCCAUGAAGAAGUGCUAUGCACUAACAGAGACUGUACGAUUUUUUACAUGAGAAAGAAGGUUGGAAUUGAAUUAGAUUCUCAAGAAAAAUCUGUAUUAAGAUUUGGUGAACCUAUUUGGUAAUCAAUAAUCAUGCAAAAAAAUUGAUUUGGUUUUUUUAAAUAAAAAUACAUCCAUAAAAGUAUUUCAUUUAUUUUAGGCACAAAAGUACAAAUUUAAUACUGCAAGUGGAAUGAGUUAAUUUCUUGAUUUUCCAGAAGGAAUGUCUCAAAACAAUAAUAAUUCACAAAUACAACCAAUAACAAGUGUUAUGGGUACAGAUCUAUUUUAAGAAAAAUUUUGAAUAUUUAUCACAGAACAAUAAAACAAACAUUUAACUACAAGAGAACAAAACAAAUAUGCUUUCACUCGAAAUAAACUUAUUUAUAUUGGCAAAUAAACAACCAUUUAAAUUCAUGCCUUUAUAAUAAUAUAAUACUAUGAAUAUCAUAUUUAAAUUUCUAUACAUAUAAAACUAAAUGUCAAUAUAUUAUUUGUCUUCAAAUAUGUUGAAACAUUUUUUGUCCAAGGACAAAACAAUUUAAGGAAAACUAACCCACACUAUAGAUGUUCAGUUUGAACUGAAAAUUCAAACUGUUCAGUUAAAUUGCCUGUGUGUAGUGUCCAUCAGUUUUUUCUAAUGACUUUGAUUGAAAUUGCAAUUAGAUAAAACUGCAGGUCUGUAGCACUGGUUAAGAAGAAGUUGCCAUAUAUUUCUACACUUCAAUUUGCUAAUUCUCGCUUUCAGAGAAUAAAAGCCACUGAAUUUGUUAUGACGUUCAAUACAUAAGUUAUGCUUUAUAAUGCAAUCUAAGUUUCUACUAAAGUCAAACAGGGUUUACUUUAUCUGCAGAAAGAGAUUUA